AUGUCGGUCAUGGUGCUUUUUCGGACCGCUCUUAGCGUUGUGUUGCUCGUCUGUGGUCAGAGCUUCGGGUCGCCCGUCCGUCGGGAUACUUGUUACAGCACUGCCUCCUCCCCAUACAGACAUUAUUCCACCCAUACCGACUAUAAUGACGUCAGAGGACACGGAGAGGACUUCGGAUUACCAGGCUGCCAACCUCGAAAGUUUUACAUGCUGUCUCGGCAUGGAAUUCGUUACCCAACAGACGGCUCGUAUGACUUUGAGAAACGACAUCUUCCUCGUCUUCAUACUCUAGCCGUGGACAGCAUGCAUAAAGGGUCACUGUGUAAAGCGGAUCAGGAUGCCAUCCGGCACUGGGAAUAUCGGUUCCACUCUCAUGACGCAGGAGCACUGGCAGCUAGUGGGAAGCAAGAGGCUUAUGAGUUAGGCAAACGGUAUGAAAAACGGUUCCCGAACCUGGUUGGUCGUUCUUACUCACGAGACCGAUACGAUUUCCAGCACACAUACAUCCAACGGACAGAGGACACUGCCAGAGCUAUCGCCAACGCCUUCUUCAAUCAAUCCAAUAUUCACAUGUCUGUGGCGUCGCACUGUGACUCAAAGCUUUUGUUUUACGGGUGUUGUCAGAAGUUUAGAACGACCGUCCACGACAAGCCUCUGGUGGAUCACGUGGAUUUCCGUGACAGUCACGAAAUGUUGGGAGUCAUCAGUGCAGUGACAAGUCGUCUGGGGCUGCAACACGGAACGGUUUCCUUCCAUGACGUUGAAGCCAUGUACGACGCAUGCGCGUUUGAACACGGCGUAUACCGGUCGAGUCCAUGGUGCGCAGUCUUUUCUGACGACGACAUUAAAGUCAUGGAGUAUUACGAGGAUCUGAGAUAUUACUGGGAGUUCGGCUACGGGCACAGCAUUAACUAUGAGCAAACGUGCGACCUCGUGAAGGACUUGAUCGGAUAUUUGAGAGGUUCUUCUUCCGUUACCGGAAUGAUCCGAGUAGCCCACGAUCUAACCAUGAUGCCCUUCCUCAGUCGACUCGGCGCAUAUCAGGAUAGCUCUCCGCCGCGAUCGACGACCAUGGCACGGCAGUCCCACAGGAACUUUCGCUCCAGCAUUAUGGCACCAUUUCUUUCCAACGUAGUCUUUGUGGAGUAUCAGUGUGGAUCCGAGUCUAAAGUACGGGCGUUCCACAAUGAGAAGCCUCUGACUCUACCUAUGUGCCCAGCCUCUGGUUGUCCUCUCUCCAGCAUCUUGAAUUCCUAUCUGGGUUCGGCUGCAAACACAUGUGACUUCCAAAGAACCUGUGAAUACAGCUCACACCAUAACUGUGACGGCCACGUGACCCACAGCGGUACGUGUGUACCCACUAUCAUUGGGUAACGUAUCAUUGGGUAUCAAUGGGCAUUUUGUUUGACUUAAUUUGAAAGACUUGCUGGAUGGCUUUAGAGAGAAUUAUGUCGAGAAGCAGCGAUUUGACCAAUAAAAAUUUAUGAAUGCCAACAAAUUAAAAUCCAUUUGUAUUUUACGUUUAUAGAUGGUUAAGAUCUUGCCAUGCGUAACACGUGUAAGGAA